AUGGACAUAAUAGUAAGAGUGGGAUACAACAGUAGUGGCAGGGACAUUGGUGGUAAGGGUGGUGGUGGUUGCGAUGGUGGUGAUGAUAGCAGCAAUGGUGGAGGGGCGGUGGUAAUACAGGUGGUGCCAAUUGUGGUUAUGGCGGCAGUGGUGGCGGUUGUGGUUAUAGUGGAGUGGAGGUAUGGUUGUGGUGCUACUAGUAGGAUAUGGUGGUUAGGGUGUAGAGGUAACAAUGAUGCUAUGGACGGUGGUAGUGCUGGUGGUGGUAGUGGUGACGAUUAUGGUGAUGGUGGUGGUGGUGACGACAAUGAUGGUGGUGAUAAUGGUGGUUAUGGUUAUGGCUACAGUGGUGGUGGUUGCGGUUAUGGUUAUAGUGAUGGCAACAAUAGUGGUGGUAAUGCGUUGAUAAUGUAA